AUGGCGCCUCAUAUGUAUUCUCCCGGUCAAGAACAUGGAAGCCCAGUCGCCGUCAACAAUGGUCCAGUAAGCUCCAUAUCCUCAUACCCCGAUGACAUCAACUUGGGUGAUGGAACUCCUGGCGAGGUCCACCGUGACAAUCGAUUUGUGCCGAUGGCAAUUUGUGGUAUGGCAUGUCGUCUCCCGGGCGGUGUCAACAGCCCACAAGACAUGUGGGAUUUCAUCAUCAACAAAAAGGAUGCCCGAUCGGUGGUUCCAGCCUCACGCUACAACAUCGAAAGUUGGUACUCGGAGAAAGAGAAGCCUGGCACAGUGAACACCAGGCAUGGGUACUUCAUAGACAACGACCCUAGCACCAUGGAUACUUCACUGUUUUCCAUGACGCAGGUAGAGCUAGAGCGCACCGAUCCGCAGCAGCGACAAUUAUUGGAGCUCGCCAGAGAGGUCGUGGAGGAUGCAGGCAUUGUCAACUGGCGAGGCAGCAAGACCGGCGUUUGGGUCGGAAACUUUUCAGAAGAUUGGAGCGAGAUCAUGGACAAGGACUCACAGCAGUACGGUGUACACCGUAUAAUUGGUCAAUCAGACUUCGCCCUAGCAAAUCGAAUCUCUUACGAGAUGGAUCUUCAAGGCCCAAGUGCUACCAUUCGAACCGCUUGUGCAGCCUCCCUUCAGUCUCUACACAACGCCUGCCUUGCAAUCAUGAACGGGGAUUGCACAGCCGCCAUCGUUGCUGGUGCGAGUCUGAUUCUCACGCCCACCAUGACCAUCAAACUCGCGGAGCAAGGGGCGCUCUCACCCGAUGCCUCGUGCAAAACCUUUUCCGCGGAUGCGAACGGUUAUGCACGUGCAGAGGCAUUCAAUGCGAUUUAUGUCAAACCCCUCGCAGAUGCCAUUCGAGAUGGCAAUCCCGUCCGGGCUGUUAUCCGAGCAACUGCAACCAAUCACGAUGGCAAGACACCGGGCAUCACUUUCCCUGGGGAAAAGACUCAAGAGGCUCUGAUUCACAAAGCUUAUGCAGCCGCUGGCAUCGCAGAUGUUUCAGAGACGGCGUUUGCGGAACUCCACGGCACUGGAACUCAGGCAGGCGAUUCCGUCGAAACAAAAGCAAUUGGACACAUCUUCGGUCAGAAUGGUAUCUACAUCACAUCAAUAAAGCCCAACUUUGGUCACAGUGAGGGUGCUAGUGGGCUCUCUUCGCUUAUUAAGGCUGUUCUGGCUUUGGAACAUCGAGUUAUUCCACCCAACAUCAAAUUCACAACACCCAAUCCGAAGAUACCAUUCGCGGAAAACAAGCUAACUGUGCCGGUCGAACCAACGGCUUGGCCAUCUGAUCGUCAAGAGCGAGUGAGCAUAAACAACUUCGGUAUCGGUGGAAGUAAUGUUCAUGUUAUUCUUGAUUCUGCCGCGAGCUUUGACGCCGCUCCUAUGCUGGAAGAGGCCUCGGACGAUCCCCAAUUGCUGCUGUAUUCUGCCGCCAUGAGUGAAGCGGUCACAAGGACAAUGGAAAAUCAUCGGGCGUAUCUGAGUCAGCACGCAGAGCGCAUCGAGGAUCUCGCCUACACUUUAGCCACCAGAAGAGAGCAUUUAGGCCAUCGAGGAUUCGUUGUGGCGUCCAGGGAGAAGCCAGGCGUGCAAUCUGCACCUGUGAAACCAUCACCGCUUUCUAACAUUGUCAUGGUAUUCACAGGUCAAGGUGCACAGUGGCCACAGAUGGGUAAAGAACUCCUGCGGAGUAACCGGCAUUUCAAGUCCACUAUCAAGGCUAUGGAUGCGCACCUCAAGACUUUCGGUGCUGAUGGGCCGAAGUGGACCAUUGAGGCAGAAUUACGAAAACCCGCAAAGACCAGCCAGGUCCACUUGGCUGAGCUUUCACAGCCUCUCUGCACGGCCAUCCAGGUUGCGCUGGUGGCCGCUUUGAAUGCCGUCGGCGUCAAGCCAGCUGCGGUUGUGGGUCACUCAUCCGGAGAGAUAGCGGCGGCAUAUGCCGCUGGAGCCCUCAGCGCCGAACAAGCAAUCACUGCUGCAUUCCAUCGAGGAGCUGUCGCCAAGAAGCAACAACGGAAGGGCGGUAUGGCAGCCAUUGGAUUGAGCUGGGACGAUGUCAAGCCUUUUUUGGUACCGAACGUGGGCGUCGCUUGCGAGAAUUCUGCCAAAAGUGUCACGCUCUCUGGAGACCUCGAACAAGUAGAGGCGGUGGUGAGCGAGAUCUCCAAGGCCCAUCCUAACGUCUUGGCAAGGCUCUUAAAAGUUGAGAAGGCAUACCACUCGUACCACAUGACCGAGAUUGGUGAGGACUACUACCAAAUGGUCGGGCCCAAGAUGUUCGGCCAGGGCCUCCAAUUGCCAUUUUUCUCCAGUGUCACCGGCAAAAUCCUUGAGAAAGGAACACUGCUUGGCUCCAGGUACUGGCAGUCAAAUCUGGAAAGCCCGGUCUUGUUCCGCGCAGCGGUCCUAGAAAUCCUCGACCAUGAUGUCGGCAAGAAUGCCCUAUUCCUCGAAAUUGGCCCACACUCUGCACUUGCGGGUCCAUUGCGCCAGAUUUGGAGGGAGCGAUCAGUGAGUGCGUCAUACGUCGGCACUCUCGCCCGAGGACAAGAGAGCACGGAAGCCUGGUUGAACAUGCUCGGCAAGCUAUACACCUUACACAUCCCUCUAGACCUCCCAGCUUUGUUUCCAUCUGGCACUUCCCUCACAGAUCUACCGAGAUAUCCUUGGGACCAUUCCAAUCAGAAAUGGCAUGAGACUAGAGCGACGAAGGAGUGGCGUUUCCGAGAAUACGCUCACCAUGAUCUCCUUGGUGUUCAGAUUGUGGAAAGCACGAAUUACGAGCCCGUAUGGCGAAACAUCCUUCAUAUCGAUAACGUCCCAUGGGUCAGGGACCACCAGAUUGGCGAAGACAUCCUUCUGCCAUUCACUGGAUAUGUUGCCAUGGCUGGCGAAGCGAUUAGACAGACAACGGGCAUUCAGGAAGGGUUCAAGAUCCGUCAAGCUGCGGCAACUUCAGCUCUUGCUCUUGUGGAAGGACAACCUAUUGAACUCAUCUCAACUCUCCGGAAGCAGCGUUUGGCUACUUCUGUUGAAAGCGAUUGGUGGGAGUUCACCCAUUUCUCUGGCGAGAUCAAGGCGAUGGUCGAAAGCAUUGGCCCCACGGUGAAUGCUCCGGAACUGCCCAGACAAGUGGAUAGCAAAGGGUGGCAUCACGCAUCGCGCCUCGCUGGAAAUGUUUACGGUCCUCGCUUUCAAUGUCAAGAAAAUAUCAGGUCAUCCACAACCUCACCAGGCCAGGCGACGGGAAUUAUCAAGAACGCUCACCAGGGCGACGAGAGACACUUUCACAUGCACCCAGCCACGAUGGACGCGGGUCUGCAGCUUAUGGUCGUGGCGUCUAUCUUUGGGUUGACGAACAACUUCAAGAAUCAAGUCGCCACAAGUGUGAGAGAACUUUCCGUCUCCCGCUGCGCUGAGAACCUCACCGCAAGCGUGAUAGGCUCUGUCACCACCAACAAUGUUGUGCUUGGUAGCGGCGACUUUAGCUGUAAUGGUCAAGUUGUCAUGCGCGUCGCCGAUUUUGUGUCCACCAUUCUCGAUAACGGCAACGCCAUUGAGGCACACGCUGCAGCUCGACACGUCUGGCGCGCUGACGUCGACUUUGCAGACGCUUCAGAGCUUUUCAAGCCAUAUGAACUGAAGCCCGAAAAUCUUCAGAGCUUUGAGCUGAUGACGACACUCUGCCUUGCCCGAGCGAGACAGGAUAUCAUCAAUAUCACUCCACCACAGGAUCAUCUGCAGAAAUACAAGACCUGGAUUGAGUCCAAUAUUGGUGCUCAAGAAGACUACAGCGAUUCAAUCGUCCAACUUCAGAAGAUAGUGGAUGAGCUUGCCGGCAGUCCGCUAUCGAGCGCUGCACAAGCAUUAUCUCGAGUCAGCACUUCAAUCGCCUCUUUGGUAAGAGAAGAAGUUUCACCCAGCGGAGUCAUUGGAAUGGACGACAGCAGCGACAAAAUGCGGACUGUAAUCCCAGGAUUCGAUUUCACCGACUUCAUUGUCGGAAUAGCCCACAGCCGGCCCAAUCUUCGAGUGCUCGAGCUCGGUGCCGGCAACGGUCAAUCUGCAAUUCAAGUCUUGAAGCAGCUAGGCAGCUCUUUCUCCAAGUACACUCUCACUGAUUUUUCCUCUAGUCUUUUUGAGUCCAUCAAGGAGCAAUUCAAGGGCAUUCGUAACGUCGAAUUUGUACCCUUGGACAUCGGCCUUCCUCUCGAAGAUCAGGGCUUCGGCGACCGGAAAUUUGAUCUGAUCAUCGCCAACAAUGUGUUCCACCAGGUCGCUGACGCAGCGGCGGGCAUGCGUAACCUGCGUCAACUUUUGCAUCCACAGGGACGUCUACUACUGCAGGAGCCUUCGCAACCCGUAUGGAGCAACUUCUUAUUCGGCUCACUGCCGAGCUGGUGGAAAGCCGCUGAUCAGCUUUCAGUGGGACAGCGGCUUGACCCUCAAAGCUGGAAUCAACUCAUCGCCGCGAACGAUCUAGACAUCCACAAGGAAAAAGCAGAUUCCAUCAACAGAAUCCUGGUGGCACGUCCGAAGAGAUCUCUUGAUAUCUCGAAGGAGAUCACGGUUCUACGUGCAGGCGAUCAUAUCGACGUGAGUCUGAUCCAAGCGAGGCUAGAAGAGCGUGGUUUUGCCGUCUCUCUUGCCACUCUGGAAAGUAAACCGCACGUAGGACGAGAUGUGGUCUCGGUUCUUGACCUUGCCGGUCCGUUCCUACAUGAUCUCAAGCCGGCUGAGUUCGAGCAGCUCAAGAAGUAUCUUGCCAGUGUGCAGGAUGCUGGCAUCUUCUGGAUUACCAAAGUCGGUAGCGUUGGCGUUGCUGACCCUCGUUACGCCGAUGUGCUCGGAUUUUCAAGGAGUUUCCGUAACGAGACUAAUGUCGCCCUCGCCGUUUGUCAGACCGACGCGGAGUUCGAUAGUCCUGAGGUAUUUGCGGCGUUUGAGAAGUUCCACUCUCGCCAGGAGGAUGAAGUCUUUGAUUCCGAGAUGGAGUAUGCUGUCAUAAACGGAAAGAUCUCUAUCGGUCGAUUCUAUCCAUACUCUUUGGUCAAUGAGCUUCUGGUCUCGGAACCAAAUGACGCAGCCACGCUUGCUAUUGGACGAGCCGGCCGCCUCGACGGGCUGCACUGGAAGAGCCGCACAGCCGAGCCACUCGGUCCGAAAGAUGUUCAAAUCCAGGUUUACUGCGCCGGACUUAAUCAUCGGGAUGUUCAGAUUGCCGCCGGCCUCGAGCCCGGCGACCUUGCCUUUGGUCAAGAAGCUGCGGGUGUGGUUAUUAAGACGGGUUCGGGAGUACAACACCUCCGAGCAGGCGACCGAGUGCUGGCGCUUGCCCGGGAUGCUUUGAGUUCAGUGGUGACCGCAUCGCAAGCUCUUUGCAUCAGACUCCCUGAAGCUUUGAGCUUUGCAGAGGCGGCCACAAUGCCUACGGCAUUCUCCGUCGCUCUGUACGCACUUCAGAACGUGGGAAAUUUGACAGACGGAGAGUCUGUUCUCAUUCACAAUGCGGCCAGCGAUGUUGGGCUUGCGGCUGUUCAAAUCGCUCAGCAGCUCGGCGCUCAGGUAUAUGCAACAGUAGACAACCUAGAGAAGAGAAAGAUGCUGUCUGGACAGUUGAAGAUCCCCUCGCAACACAUCUUCGACCUUGGAGAAGGGUCUUUUGCGAACGCUCUCCUGAAGGCAACCAAUGGCAAAGGAGUCGACGUCGUCUUGAACUCGGUCACUGGGGAACUACUUCAUGCUACCUGGACAUGCGUCGCUGAUUUCGGUAGGAUGAUUGAAAUCGGCAAGAAAGAUCUGUUGGGGGCUGCAAAACUUGACAUGGAAGGCUUCCUAGGCAACAAGACAUUUUCACACGUUGACCUUGAUCGACUCCGCGUUGCAAAACCUGCCGUGGUCAGCAAGCUCCUUAUGACUGCACUCAAGCUAUACAAUGAGGGCCACAUCAAGCCAAUUCCAGUUGCUCAAACCUUCAUCCAUACUUCCGUGGCAGACGCUUUCGCGUAUCUGCAGCGCGACGAGCACAUUGGAAAGGUUUUAGUCGAGCUCAGAACAUUGCCUGAGCAAUCGCUCUUAGAUUCCGACAUUACCGAACGCCAAAAAGUAACCAGCUUCGAAAGCUCUGCGUCUUAUCUUCUUGUUGGUGGUCUGGGCGGUCUUGGACGCGUCAUUUCCAUUUGGAUGGUCGAACGUGGUGCUCGUAACCUCAUCUACCUUGGGCGAAGCGCUGGAGACAAGCACGAAGAUCAAGAUCUCGUUCGAGAACUGCGAAGCAUGGGGUGCAACGUCACCUUGGUCAAGGGAAGCGUCGUCAACCUCGCCGAUGUCACCAAUGCUGUCGAGCAGGCUACCGAUGCGCCUCUCAAGGGAAUACUUCAGAUGAGCAUUGUCCUCCGCGACACGCUUUUGGCUAACAUGACAUGGGACGACUGGGAAUUGGUCCGGGCGCCAAAAGUUCGAGGCACAUGGAACUUGCACAAUGCCACCGUGGACGCUGGCCUCGAUCUUGAUUUCUUCGUCUGCUUUGCUUCUAUCGCCGGCGCUAUCGGUACCAAAGGUCAGACCAGCUACGCUGCCUCUAACACAUUUCUGGAUGCAUUCGUUCAAUAUCGGAACUCCCUCGGACUCGCGGCUAGUGCCAUUGAUCUCGCCGCUGUCGAGGACGUUGGUAUCAUCGCCCAAUCAAAGGAUGUUCUGAACCAACUCCACUCUCAAGGUUUCUGGACUAUUCGACAGAACGAGGUCAUAGACGCACUGGCGGUCGCUACUGGUCCGCCGUCACCCAAAGCAGCGCGGCACGACGGCGCCUACGUUCACGCCAAUACCUUCGUGCUGGGCCUAGGCACUGCCACGCCCCUGUCAAAUGAGAACAACCGAGUGCCAUGGCGCCGCGAUCCACGAAUGGCCGUCUACCACAAUGCACGAGUCGAAGGGUCAUCCAACGCAUCUUCAAGCGAUGAUUUCAAGUCAUUCCUCACUAGCGCAAAGGCAGACGUAUCCAUCCUUCAAACCGAAGAUGCCACCAAACUCAUCGCUACUGAGAUUGCGAAAAAGCUCCUCGGCUUGUUGAUGAAGACCGAUGAAGAGAUCAACAUCUCCCUCGGCCUGGCAGAUCUGGGUAUGGACAGCUUGAUCGCCAUCGACAUGAGACAGUGGUGGAAGCAGACCUUUGGCUUCAACAUCAGCGUGUUGGAGAUGCUAGGAAUGGGAACCUUGGAAAUGCUGGGGCAGCAUGCCGCCAAAGGUCUGGUGGCAUUAAUCAAGGGCGAGUGA